GUCUGAAACUAGAAGAGUAGAUGUUGAUGUUUGUAUUGAUUCACCUCACCCUUGAACAGGUUGUUUUGAGCAACCUCAAAUCUAAUGCAACCACGCAAGUCAUCCUGGAAAGAUGCGCUAUGUAUCUGGAUCCUGACACAUUGGGCCAUGAUCUUAGUUCAUGUGACAUGAUGUUCAUCUCGGUUUGCGAGAAUAAUCACUGGCACGUGCAUGUUGUUAAUUUUGCAGCUGGAAGAGUUGAGAUACUUUCGUCAUUGCCCCUAUGGCGGGGCAACAACAUCAGUGCUGCAACACGACGAUUAUCAAUGGCACUCCACAAAGCACUGCAUGCAUAUAGAAUCCAUAUGGAUGCGGAUGUCUCAAGUUUUGUGCAUGUCCAACCACACCUUCUCCAACAGCUGAAUGGGUCCGAUUGUGGUGUCCUCGUUCUAAAGUUCAUGGAAUUUUGGAAUGGGGCGACCUUAACUACUUCAGUGGCAGAGGACAAGACGAACAUGUACAGACUCCAGCUAGUGUUGCAACUAGUGCUCAAUGAACGCAAUAGUGUCAGAGAUACAAUUAUGGCCGCAUGUCAUUUGUGACUUCAUAGUUCAUGAUAAGUUUCUUCCUAUCUGCUGCUACGUACCGAAAUGACCAAGGGUUGAUUGUAGUUUGUCCAAAAUUUAUUAAUUCAUAUCAUGUUGUGUGCUGAUGUGAUUUGUUCCAAUUGUAAAACCAUUAUUUAUGUUCUAUAUGUGAUGUAUCUGAUGAAGUAUUCCACAUCCCAUUGUAACAGUGGCAGUUGGGUUAUGCUGAAUAUGAGGACUUUAUGUACAAGAAUGGCCAACGUGUAAGGGAAAGGAAGAGUACCUGGUAAUGCUGCUGCUGGAGCAUAUGGGAUGCAGUAACAGCAAUGUAAUAGGGCUGUUCAUUUUUCCUUCAAUAUUGUAAAGGAAAG